CCUGCCCGGGGCCUCUCUGUCAGUCUGUCCCCCGGGGAGGCCAUGAACAUCAGCACCUGGUCCUGUCACCGGCUGGCGGCCAGCGGUCACAGCCUCCUCAUCGUCCUGCAUUACAACCACAGUGGGCGGCUGGCCGGCCGCGGGGGCCCCGAGGACGGUGGCGGGCUGGGGACGCUGCGGGGGCCGUCGGUGGCGGCGGGCUGCCUGGUGGUGCUGGAGAACGCGGUGGUGCUGGCCGCCAUCGCCACUCGCAUGCGGUCUCGCCGCUGGGUGUACUACUGCCUGCUGAACAUCACACUGAGCGACCUGCUCACCGGCCUGGCCUACCUGGUCAACGUGCUGCUGUCGGGGACGCGCACCUUCCAGCUGUCCCCCGCGCACUGGUUCCUGCGGGAGGGCAUCCUCUUCAUGGCCCUGGCCGCGUCCACCUUCAGCUUGCUCUUCACGGCCGGCGAGCGCUUCGCCACCAUGGUGCGGGUGGCCGAGAGCGGGGCCACCAAGACCAGCCGCGUGUACGGCUGCAUCGGGCUGUGCUGGCUGCUGGCGGCCACGCUGGGCCUGCUGCCCCUCCUGGGCUGGAACUGCGUGUGUGCCUUCCCGCGCUGCUCCAGCCUGCUGCCUCUCUACUCCAAGGGCUACGUGCUCUUCUGCGUGGUGGUCUUCGCCCUCAUCCUGGUGGCCAUCCUGGGCCUCUACGGGGCCAUCUUUAGGGUGGUCCGGGUCAACGGGAAGAAGUGCCCCCGGGCUCCGGCCCGCCGCAAGGCCCGCAGACUGCUCAACACGGUGCUGAUGAUCUUGGUGGCCUUCGUGGUGUGCUGGGGUCCCCUGUUCGGCUUGCUCCUGGCCGACAUCUUCGGUUCCAACGUCUGGGCCCAGGAGUACCUGCGUGGCAUGGAUUGGAUCCUCGCCCUGGCAGUGCUCAACUCCGCCAUCAACCCCCUCAUCUACUCCUUCCGCAGCCGCGAGGUGCAGCGCUCGGUGCUGGCCUUCCUCUGUUGUGGCUGUCUCUGGUUGGGCCUGCGGGGUCCUGGUGACUGCCUGACUCGGAUCACCGAGGUCCAGUCCGGUGCGUCCACCACCGACAGCUCGCUGAGGACCAGAGACAGUUUUCGGGCUUCCAGGUCACACAGCUUCAGGAUGCGCGAGCCGCUGUCUAGCGUUUCCAGUGUCCGGAGCGUCUAGAGCGUGGACGGGCCAGUUGCCAGGGCGAGCACAGCACAGGCCCUCCCGGGAGAGGUGAGAAGGGACUGGACACACGACCCCGGCCUGAUGAUGACGGGGAACAUGCCAGCAGGUCCUGGGGUCUGUGCACGGAGCUGCCAGUGCUGAAUGUCGGGCAGAGCAGAGUGGCUCGAGCCAGAUCCAGUGGGUCUGGGCCUCAGUCUGGACUCACAUUCACCAGGAGGUGAAGGGGACACACCAUGUCCGAGUUCAC